AUGGCCGCGGCCGUUGCAAGCUACCCGGGGCCACCGCGCCAGGAGGCCCUGCUUGGAACGCCCCCAUCUUCCCACAGGCAGACGCAGCCGCUCCCAGGCCAUGGCCAUGGCCAGAGCCCAGGACAUCCGCUCUUUCAGAGGGGCCGGCGAGUGGCCACGCCGGUCAGCGCCCUGGCACGGCUCUGGGGCGACGAGCCACGCCGCGAGGAGCCGCAGCCUCUCAGCAUCUCUGCCUCUGCGGCGGCACCCAGUGGCGGCCCAAACCUGGCAGCUCGAGCCCGGGCCGCGACACAGGCAUCCUGGAAUCGUCGUUCGCUGUCUCCUCAGAGGCCAACCGUUCCGCAGCCGCAGCCGCAGCCGGUCUUCAUAAGGGCGCAGGACACCGCCCCGGCCCCGGCCACGGACACUCCGCGGACCCGGUUUCAGGAGUCGCCGUCACCGCGCUCGCGGCAUCGGAGCAUCAGGCCGUCCAUGACUCCCUCACGCAUGGGAUUCCCGGAUCCCACGAGUCCUCCAGCCGACUACCGCGCGGCUCGGCAGACCUCCAUGUCUCCACCUCGAGCUGCCUCGCGGCAGACUGUCGUCCCUCCUCCCAAGGAGGACGAGGACCUCAUCCACCAGCAUGUCUUGUACAUCCUCAAGAAGAAUCCGGACGUGUCCAAGUCACGCAAGGUGCAGCAGGUCACGCCAGGGGUGUACCUCCUGGACGGCCACGAGGUGAACAUCGAGUGGAGGCACUCCCGAGAGCCCGGAAGGCGAGGCUGUCCGGUAGUGGUGGACGGCCCCAUGCGACAGCCGCUCAUCGACUACCUGAGAUUCAGUGAGGAGAACAAGGAAUACGACACGGAGACGGUGGCUUGCACCACGUCCUUGCACCAGGUUCCGAAAGACAAGCGGAUGACCUUCGACGACAGGCACAAGCAGUACAGCCGGCUCGAAGCCAUGAAGGUGGCAAAGGAGCAGGCCUGCAUCCGGGAGCAAGCUGCGGAUUGCCUGCUGGACGGCAAGCAGGUGCCUGACGACCUCGUCAGGCGCUACAAUAAGGCAUUGCGAUCCAAGAUUCGCUCACGGGAGAAGGACGGCUCAGGUGCAGAGACGCCCGGCCUCAGACCGUCUCUCUUGCCUCGCUGUUUCUCACGCUGUGUCACGCUGGGCUUGGAGAGAUCUGCCCAGGCGACGGGAGACCCUGGUGCCAUCUCCGGCCGGGACACCGACGCCAGCACCAGCAACGCCACAACCGGCAACGCCGGUGGCGCCAGCCGCGCCAGCAGCACCAGCACCGAAAGCGCCGGUGAGGAUACCGGAGCUGCCCAGGCUGCCGGAGAGGGUGCUGCCUCCUGUAGUCCAGGCGCUGCCUUGUUCCCAUCCCUCGCGACAGCCCUCUCCGGCUGCGAUGCGCAUGGCUGCGCAGGCCAUGGCUGGAAGCCUUCAGGCGCCCCCAGCGACUGGCCAGCGGAGCGGCACCCCGCGGUCGCCGAUGGCCGCCGACGUCCUCGCGCCUUUCCCUGCAGUCGCCAUGUCCCAGCGCGGGAUUUCCCUGAAUGGCCUGCCGCCCUUUGGCCCCGUCGCCACCGCCACAGCGACCACCGCGACCGCGAGCACCGCGACCGCAACUUCGGCCACGGCGGUGCCUGUGCCGGGCAGGGCCCUGGCCCGGGUCGCACGCAGCUGGAGCGGCUCCUCUGUGACUUCUCUGCCAUACCGGGAGCCCAGCGUCUCUCGCAUCCCUACCCGGCCCACUGCACAGGUGGUGACUGCAGCCCCCAUCACGGUGGCCUCGCGCCAGUCGUCUGGCCUCCCGUCGGCCAUGCCAACAUAGGUGAGACGGCCACGAUCGUCACCUGCCCUCUAGAGUCCCUGGAGCCCGAAAUUCGUUUGCAUUGCAGGUCUUAG